GCCGAGCGCCGAUGUCGUGUGGUCGGAUGAUCCAGCGGCCUGUAGAAGAUUAAUCCCAAUAAAGUGUUCAGAGUUGGCUCUUGGGUGUUUGUAAAAUGUCCGGGUUUCAGGAUCUUUCAGAUGUCCAGCAGCUGAUAGUGAUCAAAAAAGAGGUUUUCCCUGAGCAGCAAGAGAGGAGCUCCAGUCUGAAACAAGAGGAGUCUCCUGAACCAGCAGACAUUAAAGAGGAACAGGAGGAACUGUGGAUCAGUCAGGAGAGAGAGCAGCUUCAAGAAUCAGAGGGGGCUGGUAUCAGCAUGUUCCCUUUCACUCCCGUCUCUGUGAAGGGUGAAGAAGAGGAUGGAGAGAAGCUUAAGUCAUCACAACUUGAUACGAAACAAAGUGAAGAGAACAGAGUCACAGAGGAUUUGAAAACAGAAUCUGAUGGUGAGGACUGUGGGGGAUCAGGAGCAGACAGUCAUUUACAGCCAGUUACUACUGAUGAGGCUUCAGACCUUCCUGGAUCCCAGACUGAUGACAGUGCUGACUGGGAGGAGAGUGAUGAAGCUCAGAAGAAACACAAGAAACAAGUAGAGAAACACAAAAGCGCCCACACAGGGGAGAAACCAUUACGUUGCUCAGUUUGUGGAAAAUGUUUUCGUUUCAAAUAUUUGUUGGAGGCGCACAAAAGAGUCCAUACAGGGGAAAAACCAUUUUGUUGUUCAGUUUGCAAGAAGUGUUUUCGAUUGAAACAGGCAUUAUUCGUGCACAAGAGAGUCCACACACGGGAGAAGCCUUUUAGCUGUUCAGUUUGUCAAAAACGAUUUAACCAAGAGAGACAGCUAAAGAAACACUUGGUUGUCCACACAGGGGAGAAACCAUUUAGCUGUUCAGUUUGUGGUAAAAAAUUUUCUACCAAAGGAAGUCUGAAGACCCACUUGACUGUUCACACAGGGGAAAAACCGUUUAGCUGCUCAGUCUGUCAUAUAAAAUUUGCUUUGAAACACAGUCUAAAGCAACACAUGAAUUUCCACACAGGGGAGAAUCUUUUUAGUUGCUCAGUUUGUAACAAAGGAUUUUCCAGACAGAGACAUCUGAAUGAACACUUGAUUAGCCACACUGGAGAGAAACCUUUUAGCUGUUCAGUUUGUGGUAACAGAUUUACACGCAAAGGGGCUCUGAAGCAGCACAUGAUUAUCCACACACAGGAGAAAGCAUUUAGCUGUUCAGUUUGUCAUAGAAGUUUUCACAAACAGGGACAUCUGAAACAACACUUGGUUGUCCACACAGGGGAGAAACCAUUUAGCUGUUCAGUUUGUGGUAAUAAAUUUGCCCAUAAAAGAAGUCUGAAGGACCACUUGACUGUUCACACAGGGAAGAGACCAUUUAGUUGCUCAGUUUGUAACAAAGGAUUUUCCAGACAGAGACAUCUGAAUGAACAUUUGGUUAGCCACACGGGGGAGAAACCAUUCAGCUGUUCAGUUUGUGGUAACAGAUUUACUCGUGAAGGGGGUCUGAAGCAGCACAUGGAUAUCCACACACGGGAGAAACCAUUUAGCUGUACAGUUUGUGGUGAAAGAUUUUCCCAACAGGGACAUCUGAAUGAACACUUGGCUGUCCACACAGGGGAUAAACAGAUAAAUUGUUUGGCCCCACAGUCUUUGAUUGUUUUAAAAUUGCCAGUGAUGUACCUGAGUACUGUACACAUUACCCCAACCCCCUCAUGUGAUUAAGAGCUACUGCGGAGUUCCUGUAAUUAAACUAUAGAAAUUUGAUAGAAACUAUGAUUCAAGAUUGAUAAUUUAAAGUACUGAAACCACCUAGUCCUGAUAAAUGUAAGCUAUAAGUAUAUCGUAAGUUUUGUUAGCUGAUUAGCAGUUUAAACAAUCAUUUGGCUGCACCUAAAGUGAAUGUAUUACAUAAAUUGUACCAGUUAGACAGCUACAUAGUUGCUACCACAAUCAACGUGUUUGAGGGACUCAAGUCUGUAAGAUUCUCUAAAAAUGUACUUUUUAUUGUAACCAUCAGUGUAGUUAUUAUGGUUGCAAUGCCUUGCUAAAUCUGCAAUAAACAU